CAACGCGGGCAGGGCGAGCGGAGCACACACGAAAGUCUACGAGCUCUCUCGCCCCUCAUACAGAUGGUGCCGUCGUCCUCACCAACGCCCCCUGCCAGAUUUUAAGCGCCAUGGCCAAACCAUCUCGGCUUGCAUUUCUCCCUUUCUUCCCGUCUCUGCGCUUCGCUUCCUCCUCCUCCUUCCUUUUUUUCUAUUGAAUAAACUCCUCCUCCUUCCUCCCCGGCCUGCGGGGGACGACGGAGUAAACGGGCCCUGGUGAAUCCAAUCUUUAAUGCGCCAGUCACCGUAGUUACUCCCAGGCGUCCAACCUCGGCCAACCACCCAGCCUCCUCCUCCUACUCGCUUGCCUCUGCCUUGCCUUGCUUUGCCUGCCAAAACCCAACUCGUCCUCUGCUCGUGAGCUCGCCUUCCCCUCCCCUCCCCUCCCCUGUUCUCUCAGCCCGAGCGCGGCGAGUGCCGCUCGGCCCCGAUCCCCCGCCUCUAAAAACCCCGGCUUUCGCGCGCGCUCCGGGAGCGCCAUGCCCGGGAACACGGGAGCCCGGGGUUCGGGGCGCCGUGCCGUCUGACUCCGCGCCGGUCGGCCGCCUCCCGCCCGCGCCCCGGCCCCGCCCCGCCGUCAUGGCCGAGGACCACGGGUCGUCGCGGCACAUGUCGGCGUCGCAGAAGGAGCUGGGCGACGAGGACGCGCGGGUGGUGCGCGUGGGCGACGCCGCGCGCACCAACGAGCGCCUCGACUUCGCGGGCAACGCCGUGCGCACCGCCAAGUACUCGCCGCUCACCUUCCUGCCGCGGAACCUCCUCGAGCAGUUCCACCGCCUCGCCUACGUCUACUUCCUCGUCAUCGCCGUGCUCAACCAGCUGCCCCAGCUCGCCGUCUUCGGCCGCGGGGCCUCCGUCAUGCCGCUCGCCUUCGUCCUCGCCGUCACCGCCGUCAAGGACGCGUACGAGGACUGGCGCCGCCACCGCUCCGACCGCGCCGAGAACGGCCGCCUCGCCGCCGUACUCUCCCCGGACGCCGCCGGGGGCGCCCAGUUCCUCCCGACCAAGUGGAAGCACGUCCGCGUCGGCGACGUCGUGCGGGUCGUUUCCGACGAGUCGCUCCCCGCGGACAUGGUCCUCCUCGCCACCGGCGAGCCCACCGGCGUGGCGUACGUGCAGACGCUCAACCUUGACGGCGAGUCCAACCUCAAGACCCGUUACGCCAAGCAAGAGACCCUCUCCACGCCGCCCGAGCGCCUCGCCAGCGCCGUCAUCCGCUGCGAGCGCCCCAACCGGAACAUCUACGGCUUCCAGGCCAACCUCGAGCUCGAGGGGGAGAGCCGCCGGAUACCGCUCGGCCCGUCCAAUAUCGUGCUGCGCGGCUGCGAGCUCAAGAACACGGCCUGGGCCGUCGGCGUCGUGGUGUACGCCGGCCGGGAGACCAAGGCCAUGCUCAACAACGCCGGCGCGCCCAAGAAGCGCAGCCGCCUCGAGACGCACAUGAACCGCGAGACGCUCUUCCUCUCCGCCAUCCUCGUCGUGCUCUGCACGCUCGUCGCCGCGCUCUCCGGCGUCUGGCUGCACACCCACGAGGAGGAGCUCGAGCUCGCGCAGUUCUUCCACAAGAAGGACUACCUGAAACGCGACGACAACAAUGACUACGAGAACUACAAUUACUACGGCAUAGCGGCGCAGAUCGUGUUCAUCUUCCUCAUGGCGGUCAUCGUGUUCCAGAUCAUGAUACCCAUCUCGCUCUACAUCUCCAUGGAGCUCGUCAGGCUCGGCCAGGCCUACUUCAUGAUCCGGGACACCAAGCUGUUCGAUGAGUCCUCCAACACGAGGUUCCAGUGUCGGGCUCUCAACAUCAACGAGGACCUAGGCCAGAUUAAGUGCAUAUUCUCUGAUAAGACCGGCACGCUCACGCAGAACAAGAUGGAGUUCCGGUGCGCGAACAUUGACGGUGUCGAUUACAGUGACAUUGCACGACAGCGACCUGCUGCAGAGGGUGAUCGGAUUUGGGCGCCAAAGAUAUCGGUGAACACCGAUCAGGAACUGGUCAAGUUGAUCAGGGAUGGGGGUGAUACAGAGCAAGGGAGGCAGACCCGAGAGUUCUUUCUCGCCCUGGCAACGUGCAACACCAUUGUCCCCAUGGUAACUGAUGGCCCGGACCCUAAGAAGAAGGUGAUCGAUUACCAGGGCGAGUCACCAGAUGAGCAGGCAUUGGUCUCUGCUGCUGCGGCAUAUGGCUUUGUGCUAGUUGAACGAACAUCAGGACACAUCGUGAUCGAUGUGCUCGGUGAGAAGCAGAGAUAUGAUGUCCUUGGUCUUCAUGAGUUUGACAGUGACCGCAAGAGGAUGUCUGUUAUAAUUGGCUGCCCUGAUAAGUCAGUCAAGCUUUUUGUUAAAGGCGCAGAUAGUUCAAUGUUUGAGGUUAUUGACAAAAUGUUGAAUUCAGAUGUUAUCCAAGCAACAGAGAAGCAUCUCCAUUCUUAUUCAUCAUUAGGCCUGCGAACGCUUGUUAUCGGUAUGCGGGAACUUAGCCAAGAAGAGUUUCAAGAGUGGCAAAUGGCUUAUGAAAAGGCUAGCACCGCACUACUAGGAAGAGGGAACCUACUCCGUGGUGUGGCUGCCGACAUCGAGAGGAACUUGCGCCUGUUGGGAGCCUCUGGUAUUGAGGACAAGCUGCAGGAUGGAGUACCUGAAGCAAUUGAGAAACUGAGGGAAGCAGGGAUCAAGGUGUGGGUGCUAACAGGCGACAAGCAAGAAACUGCCAUCUCCAUCGGCUAUUCCUGCAAACUUUUGACACGGGACAUGACACAGAUUGUAAUCAAUAGUCGCUCAAGGGACUCAUGCAGAAGGAGUCUGGAUGAUGCAAUCACCAUGGUUAACAAAUACCAAUCAUUCUCGACAGAUCCACAGCUUAGAGUGCCUCUUGCUUUGAUUAUUGAUGGAAACAGCCUCGUCUACAUUUUUGAUACGGAUUGGGAAGAGAAGCUUUUUGAAAUCGCAAUUGCUUGUGACGUCGUCCUAUGCUGUCGGGUAGCUCCCCUGCAGAAGGCUGGUAUUGUUGAUCUCAUAAAGAAGAGAACAAGUGACAUGACACUUGCUAUUGGAGAUGGUGCAAAUGAUGUGUCCAUGAUUCAAAUGGCUGACGUUGGCAUUGGCAUCAGUGGGCAAGAGGGAAGACAAGCUGUUAUGGCCUCAGAUUUUGCCAUGGGUCAAUUCAGAUUUUUGGUUCCUCUGUUGUUGGUUCAUGGCCAUUGGAACUACCAGAGGAUGGCCUACAUGAUCCUAUAUAACUUUUACAGAAAUGCUACUUUUGUCUUUGUGCUAUUCUGGUAUGUACUUUACACUGGUUUUACCCUGACAACAGCAAUAACUGAGUGGAGCAGUGUGCUAUACUCUGUGAUAUACACCGCUGUCCCUACUAUUGUUGUUGCCAUUCUAGAUAAGGAUCUCAGCCGCGGGACAUUGCUGAAAUAUGCCCAGCUAUAUGGCCCGGGGCAGCGUGAGGAGAAUUACAAUUUGAGGCUAUUCAUCUUCAUCAUGAUGGACUCAGUAUGGCAGAGCGUUGCAUGUUUCUUCAUCCCUUACCUUGCAUACAGGAAGAGUGUAAUUGACAGUUCCAGCCUCGGAGACCUCUGGACACUCUCUGUUGUCAUUCUUGUCAACAUUCACCUGGCAAUGGAUGUCAUCAGGUGGAACUGGAUCACACAUGCAGCGAUAUGGGGAAGCAUUGCUGCGACAUGGAUUUGCGUCAUGAUCUUAGACUCCAUACCUACCUUGCCUGGUUUCUGGGCAAUCUAUAAGGUGAUGGGAACUGGGUUAUUCUGGGCACUGCUGCUUGCGGUAACCGUAGUCGGGAUGAUUCCUCAUUUUGCCGCAAAGGCCUUCAUUGAGUAUUUCAUCCCCAGUGACAUCCAAAUCGCGAGAGAAAUGGAGAAGUCACAAGAUACCCAUGAUGCAACCCAUCCAGAAGUUCAGAUGAGUUCUGUAAGUAGAGCUUAGAGUAGGGCAUUACACAGUGAUCUUUUGUUCGUUCGGAUAGGAUAGCUCUACACCUUUCUUUUGUUCUUUUUGUUGUGUAUAGGCAAUUCUUUCAGCAGUGUGCAAGCUUUCUUGAUGCUUGCUCCAUUGCCAACUAUCCAAAGGAUAGCCCCCUUGUACCCAUUGUGUAUCCACCCGCCAAAUUUUGUUGAUUUACAUGAAAGGAAAUCGUACAGGAGUUAAUU